UAGCCAUGCGAGCUAUCCCUGCACUCAGCUGCUUUCAGAGCACAUACAUGGCUUGUGUGACAGCAACAGCACACAGAAGCAGCAAUGAAAUGCAGUUAGCUGUACAGCUGGAAGACAGGCAGGCAGGCACUGGUCCAGUGCCUAAAAUGAUCCUACCGUGAGCCAGUCUGCAGUGCCUCCAGAAGUGCUUGACUACUACACAGGAACACAGCUUUCUUUGCAGAUACUCUGUGGCGUGUAACUCAGUUUCCCUUGGUGACUGCAGUGUGUAUUUUCUCUCUUUCCCUGUGUCCUUUUCUCCAGGAUGGCGGAGGCAGAAUUGCACAAGGAAAGGCUGCAAGCCAUAGCAGAAAAAAGAAAAAGGCAGACAGAAAUAGAAGACAAGAGGCAACAGCUUGAGGACCAGAUACUUCAGCUGCAGCAUUUCAAGUCAAAAGCACUUCGAGAAAAAUGGCUGUUACAAGGGAUUCCUGCUGGCUCAGCAGAAGAGGAAGAAGCCAGAAGGAGACAGUCAGAAGAGGAUGAGUUGAAGGUGAAAGAGCUUGAAGACAACAUCCAUAGACUGGAAAAAGAAAUAGAGAAGCUAGAAAGUGAAGAAUCCCAGAUAUCUGCCAAAGAACAAAUCAUCUUGGAGAAACUAAAAGAGACUGAAAAAUCGUUUGAGGACUUACAAAAGAGGUUCUCACAGCAGGAUGGUGAUGCAGUAAAUUACAUUUACUCCCAGAUCCCCGAACUCCCAACCCUCUAUUCAAGAACAGCAGAGCCAGUUCCUGGGCGGGACGGACCAAGCAGGGUAGCUGCUUUGUACACCAUGGAAAUUAAUGUGGAGAAGGACAAACAGACAGGAGAGACCAAGAUUCUCUCUACAACACCUGUUGGUCCAGAGGGGGCUCAUCAAAAAGGACUGAAAGUCUAUGAUGAUGGUACCAAGGUAGUCUAUGAGGUUCACUCUGGAGGCACAGUGGUAGAAAAUGGAAUACAUAAAUUAAGCCCAAAGGAUGUUGAUGAACUUAUGCAGAAAGCUGGACAAUCAAGUGUAAGAGGAGGGUAUGAAACAGUGACUGUACCAGACAGAAAUGUGAUAGCAGAUGGAAACCUUAGCCAUACGAAGGAGCAAAUGCUCUUCAAGGAGGCAAAGUUGGAAAUGGUGCAUAAAUCCAGUAAAGGGCAUUCUAUGGAUCCUCAACACCAAGCAAAACUCUCUGGUGAUGCAGUCCCAGAGGCCAGUGCUGAUCAACCAGUGACAAUGAUUUUUAUGGGAUACCAAAACAUUGACGAUGAAGAGGAGACAAAGAAAGUGCUAGGCUAUGAUGAAGCUAUCAAAGCAGAACUUGUCCUUAUUGACGAAGAUGACGAGAAGUCAUUGCGUGAGAAGACUGUGACGGAUGUGUCCACCAUGGAUGGAAAUGCAGCUGAGCUCGUCUCUGGAAGACCUUUGUCAGACACAACUGAGCCCUCCUCUCCUGAGGGGAAAGAAGAAAGUCUGCCCAUGGAACCAGUUCCAGGAAUGACUGUCUUACCUAAGGAUCCAAGAUGCUCAUGUGAAAGCCCUGAAGCUGAAGUGAGUGAGAUGAAAUCUUCCAGAAUCCUUGAGGAUGACAUCCGGUUAAGAAAAGACAGAGACCCAAAUCGUGCCAAUUUCCUGGAGGCUGUGAGUAUUCGUGCAACAAAGGCAGAGAAAAUGGAAUGUGAAGUCCCAGUCUCUGAACAUAAAAGCAUCACCUCGGUGGCUUCACCACAUGCAGCAGACAAUCAAACCCACUUCUUUUCCCCUGUUACCAGUCACAAUGGACUUAAGGACAGGCACGAAUCCCUGGACAGUGAAGUUGCUAAAGAGAUCAGAUACUUAGAUGAAGUACUUGAAGCAAAUUGCUGUGAUUCUGCUACCGAUAACGCCUUUAAUGGGACAGCUUCCCCUGAACCAAGCACAACCAUUGUGGAUGGCUCUGGUCCAUCUGUUUGUGUUACCACUGAUUCAGUACCCAGUGAAACAGAAGACAAAAUAAUUCACAGACAAGGACCCCCAGUCGUUGAACAGAAUGAAGCUAACACAAUGGCUGAGAAACUGAAGCCUAAUGGCCACUCUUCAGCUGGAUUAAACGAAGAGGUCUAUGACAAUCCAAAAGUGCCAGUGAGCCCAAGUUCUGCAGCAAGUUCAAGAGUUUCUAAUGAUGGGGAAUUAACCUUAACAACCAUUAAGAAAGAGGCUAAGUUUGAGCUUCGGGCCUUCCAUGAAGAAAAGAAGCCAUCCAGGCUCUUUGAAGAAGAUAACGAAAAGGAGAAGUAUAGAGUCCGGAAAGUGAGGCCGUCUGACGAAAUGAUAGAACUUGAAAAGGAGAGGAGGGAGCUUAUUAAAAGCCAAGCUGUAAAGAAGAACCCUGGCAUUGCAUCCAAGUGGUGGAAUCCGCCCCAGGAGAAGACCUUGGAGGAACAAAUAGAUGACGAGCAUCUAGAAUCCCAUAAGAAGUACAUGGAACGCAAGGAGAAGCAACACCAGCAAAGCAUAACACCAACGUCACCAAAACAGGUGUCCUCUCCCUUUGUACCUCCAGAGCCAGCUGCUAUUAAAAAAGAGGAUAUUGUCACAGAGCAAAUAGAUUUUUCAGCUGCCAGGAAGCAGUUUCAGUUGAUGGAAAAUUCGGGUCAGUCUAACAGUCAGACUGCUCCAAGAAAAUCAGGGACUCCCAGAAUGUUUUCCAUCAAACCCUUCUACAAAACCAUUGGCCCAUCACAAGUUGACAGACCAGCGGCUUCUGUGACAAGACCUGCUUUUGUUUGUGGGCAACUGGGACAGCCUGAGAGCAAUGAUAUACCUAUUGUGAAAGCUCAAAAGGUUUCCUGUAUCUUAGAGGAUUCUCAUAUUAAUAUUCAGAAUGCUACUACUGACCUAACAAAAGAUUUGUCUCAUAGCAAUACCUCAAAAGCUGAACAGGCAUCAAAAUUGUGGGCAGAGGAUGGUGAAUUCAUGAGUGCGAGAGCCGUCUUUACAGUGGUAAAGGAUGAUGACCAUGGCAUUUUAGAUCAGUUUUCAAGGUCAGUUAAUGUCUCUUCCCCUCCAGAGGAGCUGGACUCUGGUUUGGAUGAUCUGUCUGUGAGAUCUCAGGAUACCACUGUUUUGGAAACUCUUUCCAAUGAUUUCAGCAUGGACAAUAUCAGUGAUAGUGGUGCCUCCAAUGAGACCAUGAAUGCCCUUCAAGAAAAUUCACUCGCAGAUUUCUCUCUGCCCCAGACCCCCCAGGCAGAAACCCCCUUGGACUGCCGAGUAGAAGGUGUUUCUAAAUCAUAUAGUGAUCAAGGCUUUUACUCCCCUUCCUCUACACUGGCAGACUCCAUGCUGAUAGAUGACCAGUUGGAAUAUCAUGCUGGCCUUCUUGUUCAAAAUGCAAUUCAACAAGCCAUAGCUGAGCAAGCUAACAAAACAGGCUCUAAGGAAGCAAAGGAUACGGUGGAGCAGCAGAACCCAGUGAAAGAACAGGAAACAGCCCUAUGUUCUGAGAAGCAGCAGAGCACAAUGUUUGAGCCACCUCAGGUGUCUUCUCCAGUUCAAGAUAAAAGGGAUACAAUACCAAAGACUUCAACAGAUGAAGACUCAGGACUCAGGGAAGGGAAGGCUUCACAACCAUCCCCAGUAUCUCCUGUCAGCCAGCCAUUCGUUGUAGAAGAAAACCGACAAGAGGUCAGUUAUUUUAGCAAGUACUCCGAGGCAGCUGAGCUGAGAAGUACCGCUUCUAUUUUGGCUACACAAGAGCCAGAAGUGACUGUGGGUCCUUUUAAGCUACGGUCAAGGAAGCAGCGGACUUUGUCCAUGAUAGAAGAAGAAAUCAGAGCAGCCCAGGAAAGAGAGGAGGAACUGAAGAGACAAAGGCAGGGUCUACAGAUGGCACAGACCCCUGUUACAAAGAGUGCCCCUCCACUGCCUACCACCAAAACAGUGUCUUACAAAACUGCUCCAGGGAAAAUAGAGAAGAUCAGGCCUCCACCAUCCCCAACAGCAGAAAGUCCCCUCUCGCAACCUGACUCACUGCCUGAUGAGGCUGCAGGAUCCCAGCGCCCAAAGAAUUUGAUGCAGACCCUCAUGGAAGAUUAUGAAACGCACAAGACUAAGAGGCGUGAAAAGAUUGAUGAUAGCAGUGUCCUUGAGGCUACCAGGGUGAAUCGCAGGAAGAGCGCCCUAGCACUUCGUUGGGAGGCUGGAAUAUAUGCCAACCGAGAAGAAAAUGAAUAAUCCCUGUGCAACUUGAAGGCGGAUUGGGAUGGAGAAACCAAAAAAAAAA